CAUGGCUUUAGGAACUGUUCUACCUAAGUCCUCGUUGGCAAAGGUGUUGACCAACUCAUUCUUCCCCUUUAUUCCUUAACCCAAACUCUAAAUAGAACCAAAAAUAUGUACCUAGAUCAUAAAAUACCCUUAUUGCUGAAGCAUCCAAUCCAAUACUCAAUAUUGACAACUAGUCAAUAACAAAUUAAUCAGACCCUUGUCAUGCGGUGACCAAUGUCAAUGUCAUUACAAUACAACAUUUCAACACAUUUUUCAUCGCCUCAUUCCCACACAUACCUCUGAUUUCUAGGCACAAGAAACUCCAAGAGGGUCUCGACAAAUACAAAACAAGAGUUGAAGAAUUCAGACCUGUGAUCUCAUCAUCAUCUCAUUCCUUUUUGGAACCCAAUAAUCAUAUGAAUAAGGUGGUACAUCUCUAUCUUCUCAACCAAACCCAUUAAGUGCCUGCACUGCAUUGCAUCAUUCUUCUGCAAAGACUUGCCUGGAGAAGGAAUCUCACAGCACUUUUUAAUUUCAUCCUUGCUAUAAGAAACUCAUGUAGCAGGAAGGAAGAAAAAUCAAGAAGGACAAGUGUUCUAAGGAGAUUCUGUUCUACUUUCUCAAUCUAAGCCUUUCACAUUACUUGUUUGUUUUAAUUACCCUUACAUCAUUUUGUUGCCUAACACUUGGUUUGAGAAGGAGUCAGAGCUUGAGUUUCCUUAGCACUUGUCUCUCUUAUCAAAUCAGAAGAUAAGUUUUUGAGGUGAGACAAUUUUUCCUUUCUACUGAUGAGUAGUGACAAUUCUGUGUCAUAAAAUCUUCAAUGGGUUUGGUUCACCUAUUGGUAAUAAAUUCCCUGAAAGCCAUUCAACAAUUCAGCAUCAGAAAGGUUUUGGGGUAACAUUCAUGGGGCUACACAAAUGGUGGCAAGUUACAUGGAUGAUUCUUUAUUUAUUUUUAUCAUCUUUUGUUGAAGGAUCACAUGCUUAUGACCAUGGAUCAUUAGAUGCAUUUUUUCGCAAUCACGCAAACAAAGAGAUAGGAAGGCCUCGAACAGGUGUUUUCUACAAUCUUUCCCUUCCAGCUAACUACACCGGAAUGGAAAUCGCAGUUAUCAGAUUGCGCACAGACUCAUUCUGGUUAAGAGGGGUCAAACACAGUUUCUUAAAUUUUCCACCACGCGUUGUGCCGCAGCCUAACAGGGAGAGAAUGGCUAUAGUAUAUGAAAACUUGGGAAACUGGUCUUCUCAUUACUACAAUGUGCCUAACCACACAAUGGUGGCUCCAGUUUUUGGUUUCAGGGCUUACACUUCCUCAGAAAAGGCUUUGAUUAGCACUGAGAAGAUGGAUUUAAUCAUUGAAGGGGACCCCAUCACAAUUCAAUUUCAUCAUGUUGGGCCACAUGAGAAAAACAACACACCAAUUUGUGCCAAGUUUGGUGCUGGUGGUUCUGUGGAAUUCAACAACAUGACUAAGCCAUAUGUGUGUGAAGCAGAGACUCCAGGGCACUACACUCUUGUAGUUAAAUCUCCAAAGAAAAUUCAUAUAUCUCCAAAGAUAGUUCAUCCCCAGAGCCAGAGCAAAGGAUUUAACACAUGGUGGGUGUUAGGAUUUGUAAUAGGUUCUGUUGGGUUGGUUAUUUUUGCUUUGGUGUUGAUAGCUUUAGUUAAGGAGGCCAAGAGGAGGAGGAUAAGAAAAAUGGAGAAAAUUUCAGAAGGAGGUGAGCCUUUUGAUACUUUUUGGAUUGGAGAUACUAAAUUGCCAUUAGCCCCCAUGAUUAGAACCCAACCUGUACUUGAGAAUGAUGAUGCUGUUUCUGAUUAGUUGUUGGUGGUUCACUUUCCUCAUUUCUUUCUUGUGUAUCAUUUAUUCACUUUAUGCAAAUGGAUCAGUAAACAAAUGUUGUUUGUUUUGAA